CUCGUAUCAAUUCCAUACUCGCGAAAUGGCUGGAGUUCAUUUCAUAAAUGGGUACACCUACUCUAUUUCAAUAGACCUGACAGGCAUAAAGCACGUAGUAUGUAUGGCAGGGAUCAGCUCACCGGUAAGGUAAGCUUGAAGCCUUCACCAAUCACAGAUAAUGAUCGUACUGGGGAUACGAAGUUGACCGCGAACCCCUCCAAGCUUGAGUAGACCGCAAACCACGCACUUCUAUCUGUCUCUAUACCACACGAUGCAUUUCUCGUUAUCCUUUCCAUAGUCGCGUCGGACACUGGAAUGACUUCUGGACAUACCCGACUUCGACUGUCCUGCGCUGACUACCAUGUCGCGUGGGUCUGCGCCCUCGCCGAUGUUGAGCUAUUACCUGCGCGACUGAUGUUGGAUGAAGAACACCCAACUCCUUCGUAUAACACACACUAUGACGAAAACACAUACAUUUGCGGAUCCAUCAGCGGACACGCAGUAGUUAUCGCAACCUGUCCACAAGGCGAAACGGGCAACGUCAACGCCGGUCGUUUGACAGGCUCUUUAUUCAAAACAUUCCCUAGCAUCCGAGUCGCAGUACUUGUCGGCAUAGGAGGAGGCAUCCCACGAACAGAAGAAGACGCUGAAGACUCCCUGAAUAACAUCCACCUCGGAGAUGUGGUAGUAGGAUGGCCUGGUGAUGGAAAGCCAGCCUGUGUAUAUCAUGAUCGGGGGAGGUCCAAACCAAAUGGCGAGUUUGAGAUGGUGGGCACCAUGCAGAGCCCUGACUGGAGAUUGAUAAACGCUCUCGGUAUUCUAGUAUCGGACCACGAACUCGAGAAAACUACGUUCGAUCAUCAGCUAGCGAGGUUGCGGCGUCACAAGUUGCAUAGAAGGUUUGCUCACCCGGGUGUCGAACAUGACCGACUCUUCAAGGCCUCGUAUAGUCAUGUUGGCAAUAGCAAGUCCAAUUGCGCAGCGUGCGACUACAGUCAGCUCGUCCAGCGGCCACAGCGAACUGAGCAGGAAGCACGUGGUAUGGUCUUUCAUCAAGGGCGAGUGGCCACUGGAAACUCAGUGAUUCGCGAUGGCAAGCUGCGAGAUGACAUUGGCAUAAGAUGUGAUGGGGCGCUCUGUGUUGAGAUGGAGGCAGCAGGCGUUGACGUAAACCGACGCUGUUUGGUUAUUCGCGGCAUCUCCGACUAUGCGGACUCACAUAAGAGCGACUUGUGGCAGUCGCAUGCAGCUGGUAACGCAGCAGCUUUCACACGAGAGUUACUUUGCAGAUUACAAACAACUGCAGUACAAGAAAUGCAAGGUGUUGUCGAAGUAGCACCUUGGCUUGUUCCCCUCGCCAGACCGCAGUCAUUCGUCGGUAGAGAGCCACAGCUGGAUAAAAUCGCUAAGCAUAUCAUGUCGGAGAAGAGUAACAAGUUGUCCAUAUAUGGCCUUGGGGGGUGUGGCAAGACCGCACUUGCCCUCGAGGUGGCGUAUAGAACAAGAGAACAGCAACCUGAAUGCGCGAUCUUCUGGGUACCAGCAGUAAAUCGAGAACAUUUUGAGCAAGCAUACCGAGACAUCGCAGAAGCCCUACACAUACCUGGCGUCUUAGACGACCAAACAGACGUGAAACAACUAGUAAAAGUAAGACUCAGCGAUGAGCGCACUGCAAAGUGGCUUAUGAUCGUUGAUAACGCGGACGACGCCCAUAUCCUAUUCAGUAAGACAGAAAAAGACGAGUUGUGUAGGCUAAUCGACUUCCUUCCACACAGCAGCAAAGGCUCUAUCGUAUUUACCACUCGAACAAAAAAAGUGGCAGUUGACUUGUCUGGAAACAGUCUCCUUGCCAUUGGCGAACUGGAGAAAACAGAAGCGAUAGAAGUGCUCAAAACACGUCUGGAUGAAGAACACGAACACCAAUUGGAAGACGAAACCAUAGUUACCAAUUUCUUGGAGACAGUCGCCUUUCUAGCUCUAGCUAUUGUACAAGCAGUUGCUUUUAUCAACAAAAAUGGUGUCGCCUUAACCGAUUACAUCAUACUUUACAAGUCUAGCGAGGAAGAGGCUUCUGCUCUACUAAGCAAAGAGUUUGAAGAGCAAGGAAGAUACAGCGAAACCGAGAAUUCAAUUGCCACCACUUGGUUUGUUUCUUUCGAGCAGAUCCGACGACAAGAUGAACUCGCUUCUGCAUACUUAUGCUUUAUGGCAUGUGUCAUUAGCAACGAUAUACCCAAAUCUAUGCUUCUCGAUGAGGGUUCUGAUGUGGAGCAAAUAGAAGCUAUUGGAACACUGAAAGCUUACGCUUUCAUCUCGGAGAGACAAAACUUACGGGACCAGAAUGGCUUGCAAGCAAAGCACCAAGAGAGGACGUUUGACAUUCAUCCUCUCGUUCAUCUUGCAAUACGAAUUUGGAUCAAAGCCUGUGGUCAAUGGAGAGUAUGGGUUGAGAGAACACUGGACAGAUUAUUAGAAAUUGUCCCGUUGGGCGAUCAUAGCACGAUACAAGUCUGGACCGCUUAUCUACCUCAUGCAGUUCACACUGUCAGUCAGUCCACGGAUGUUCCCGAUUUGGAUGACGAAGGCACUGGAAUAUACAUACUGGAACGAAUCGGGUGGUGCGAGUUCGUACUAGGACGAUAUAGAGCUUCCGAACUUGCCAGGCGGAAGGUUGUUGAAUGGAGGAUGGAGGUUUUGGGUAGAGAGCAUAUACACACAUUGACAGCCAUGAACAACCUAGCCCUUACACUAGGUAGUCUAGGCAAAUACCAGGAGGCGGAGACCAUGCACCGAGAGACAUCUACGCUGCAAAAGAAACUAUUGGGAAGAGAGAAUACAGAGACUAUAACAUGCAUGAGUAAUUUGGCACUGGUGCUGAGUAACUUGGGGGAUUAUGGAGAAGCAGAAUCAAUCCAUCGAGAGAAUGUGAUAUUAAGAGGGCAGGUUCUGGGGGAAAACCAUCCUGAUACGCUAACUAGCAUGAAUUGCCUCACGCACGUACUCAAAGCACAAAGGAGGUAUGAAGAGGCCGAAACAUUGACCCGGGAGACACUGCGAUUACGAGAAAAUGUAUUGGGGGAAAAGCACCCCCACACACUAGCAACCCUACACAGUCUAGCAUCACUGCUAGCUAAACAAAGGAAGUACGCUGGGGCUGAGCAGAUGGGAAGACUGGCAUACGAAGGCCUAGAGAAAGCUCUCGGGAAAGAUCAUCCCGAUACACUGAUGUGCAUGAAUAAUCUCGCAUACGCCCUCCAGAAAUUGGGGAAACUUGGAGCUGCUAAGGAGAUGUAUCAGCUAGCCCUUGGAGGGAGGGAAAGGACUUUGGGUGAUGAUCACCCUUUCACAGUAACAAGUGCCUACAAUCUGGGACAUACGUUUAGGGAAUUGGGAGAUGAUGCCCUAGCUGAAGAGAUGUAUUGGCGAGCUGUCAAGGGAUACGAGAAGGCGCUAGGUGAUUAUCACUUUGAUACACUGAACAGUGUACACAGUCUGGCAUCUGCCCUCCAGGCAUCAAAAAGACUUGAAGCAGCUGAAUAUAUGUACAGGCGAGCUCUCAAUGGGAAAGAGAAAACCAUAGGGAAAGACCAUCACAGCACGAUAAGGACUGUAAGACAUCUUGCCGAUCUACUACGUUGUAUGCAUCGGUACGAAGAGGCUGUCGCGCUUUAUCAACGCGCUUCUGCUGUAUUGACAGUGGCAAACGGACUCGAACACUCUGAAACUCAAUAUUGUCUAAGCUAUCAACGCGAACUCGAACACAUACUACAUAUCCAAACGAUUGAUACUGGAAAUAAUGGCGUCGACAAUGACCGCAGUCGGUCUCCAGAUAGCACCAACUACGAAGAGCUUUUGGGUGAAAUGGCUAUAAGAUGA